GAUGAAAGGGCUAGAGGUGGAGGUCGAUGACGGGGUCCCACCACAGAGAGUGAGGACCAAGCGCUGCGCCUGCAAUAGCCUGCUGGACUCUGAGUGCCACUACUUCUGCCACCUGGAUAUCAUUUGGGUCAACACGCCCAGUAAGACAACAGUUUAUGGUCUAGGCAGCGCACUGUCGCGACGCAGGAGGUCCACUGGCCGUUGCACCUGUGCCAACCUUGAUGAUCAUAACUGUUCCAACUUCUGCCAUCACAGUCCUGAAGUCACAUCCCCAAAGAGAUCUGUAAGGACAAGUCAUCUGAACAUACUCAGCAUCCUAAGAGCUGCUGCAAGCAAGUCCAAGAGAGCUCUCGCUUCACCUGAUUCAGACAGAGUUGAGCCCUCUCAGAGGAUGAACACUCGCUAAACAAUGUUCCAGCUGAGGCAGCAAGAGUGAGAGAGUGAGAGCAGAGAGCACCUGAACAAAUUACACUCCUUUUGAUAGAAAGGGGGGAAACAAAAGGUUGCUAAAAGAUGGUGUCCGACGCAGAAAGGCCCGAAGCGCCACAAAAUGUCUGUUUGUACCUGCGAAUAGAGGCUGGAAAACGUGACAGAGUUCUGCAAACACAUCAUGGAAACAGAUGUGAAGGAUCAUCACGGAGAGGAGCUCUUACCAUGAUAAGAGAGCGCUAUGCCUGUGGGCAUUUUGGACUAUGGCUGUCCGGUGUGUGAGAUUCAGUGGGGUUGUCCGUGUGUCCCUGCAGAGACAGGCCAGCACUGACAUAGAAGGAUAUAAUAGAAGAAAAGGGACAUGCAUACUGUACAUGCUUGUUCACGAAUUUCUCAAAUACAUGUUGUGUAUUUACUCAUUCUUUUGUAAAAUAAGUUUAUAAUCUUUCAUGGAUCAACACAUUUAUUAUUUUACAAUCGAUAUAAUUAUAAAUUACUUUUUUAAUGAUAGACCUUGCGGAUACAUGUCGGAAAAAGUUAUGUAGUCUACUGAAAGUUAUAUUUCUUUAUUUAGGAUUUUUGUGUGCAUAAGAGUAAUUCAAAUUUAUUAAAAUAAAGUCUGUAUAUUCAUAUCUGUCUGUCAAAGUUUUUUAAAUGUAAAGAUAAAUUGAGACUAAAAAAUAAAAAUGUACUCGCAUCUUGUUUUUGUCCUAUUUUCAAAUGUAUGGCCUUCUGUUGACUUUGGAAAGGCACACUGUGGAAAUAAAGUCUGUACUCUAAAGAAAAUAUACGUGAGGGAUAAUUUGAGGUAAAAUAAAUCCUUU